UACGCGGCGCGCCUCAGCGAGUACGCGAACAAGGGCGUCACGGGCCUGCCCGAGGCCGAGGACAGCAAGCGCGUGCUGACGUCGAAGCUCUCGAAGCUGGCCGACCUGGUGAAAAACGCGAAGAAGAUCGCCGUCCUGACGGGCGCGGGCAUCUCGACGUCGGCGGGCAUCCCCGACUUCCGGGGCCCCAAGGGCAUCUGGACGCUGGAGGACGAGGAGAAGAAGCGGACGAAGCGGCGGAAGCCGCCGCGGAAGCUUCGCGAGACGGUGGACGAGGGCACGGCCGGCGCGAGCUUCGAGUCCGCGGUGCCGACGCCGACGCACAUGGCCCUCGUGGCCCUGUCCCGCCUCGACACGUUUGCGUACCUGGCGACGCAGAACGUCGACGGGCUGCACGUGCGCAGCGGCUUCCCGCGCGAGAAGCUCGGCGUGCUCCACGGCUGCGUCUUCACGGAGAAGUGCGAGACCUGCGGCCGCGAGUACUUCCGGGACUACGACCUGGGCGGCAUCUCCUUCCAGCCCACGGGGCGACAGUGCGCCUGCGGGGGGCGGCUGCUCGACACGGUGCUGGACUGGGACGACGGCCUGCCCGAUUCGGAGUGGCUCCCGGCGACGCGGCACUUCGAGGACGCGGACCUCGCGAUCACGCUGGGCACGUCGCUGCGCAUCGUGCCCGCGGGCGAGCUGCCGCUGACGUCGAAGAAUUUCGUCAUCGUGAACCUGCAGCCGACGCCCUACGACGACAAGGCGGGGUUGGUCAUCCGCGCGCGCGUCGACGGCGUCAUGGCGGCGCUGCUCGAGGCGCUGGGGUUGGACCUGCCG